AUGUAUCAAUUGAUAGCGUUAGAUCUGAAAGCUGCUCGAAAAGAGAAGACUACCAAACAGAAGGAAAGCCUCGCCAAAAUAGCCCUACUCCAUCAAAAUGUUCAGUCUCUUGGAAACUCAAUAAACGAGAUAAACCAGAUGUUGAUGGACCACGACGACUGUAAAUUUAUUUGCAUAACAGAACACUGGAAGAGCCAAGACCAAAUCAUCAACUAUGGAAUUAGAAACUUCAAACUUGCAUCUUGUUUUUGCAGGAAAGAAGGGAAACAUGGUGGAAGUGCAGUUUUUGUGAGCCUAGCAGUUCAGUGUUUAGAAAGGUCAGAUAUAAGGUCAUUAUCAGUGGUUGGUUCCUUUGAAUGCGCGGCUGUUAAAUGCUCUCUGAAUGGUAUGAAUUUUAUAAUAUUGUCAAUAUACAGAACACCAUCAGGUAAUAUGCAUGUAUUUUUAGAAAAAAUGGAACAAAUUCUCUCAAAAAUCAGUGAUGACAGUGCCUCAGUUUUCAUAGCUGGCGAUUUCAAUAUAGAUUUUUCACAGGAUAGCCCUAACAAACAACUAUCAUGUUCACUCCUGAACUCAUAUAAUAUACAACAAACAAUAUUCCAGUUCACACGCAUAACAUCCGCCAGCGAAUCUUGUAUUGACAAUAUUUUCACAAAUAUUUCACCUUUUGUAUCAAAUGUCAUUAAUUCAUCAAUCUCAGACCACACUGCUCAAAAAAUAACGGUAAUGGUUGAUAUGAAUAAACCUGCUAAUGCUGUGAAAAAAAGGAUAUUAAAUAAUGAAAGAUUUUUAUGUAGACUCAAAUCUGUAGACUGGCAAAAUGUGUUUCAUAUACCUCAGAAUGAUGUAAAUGAACAGUGGAAUUAUUUCAGCAAUAUUUUCCAAUCUAUUUUUGAACAGGUCUUUCCUAUGAAAACAUUUAAAGUUACGAAUAGGUUCACUGACUCGCAUCAUCCUGAGAAGAUAAAGAAUAAUAUUAAGGAAUGCAAGGACCGUCUUGAUGUUCUAUAUGUGAUUAGCAACAGUGACAACUCUUAUAAGCCAUGCUAUAAUAAAGAAAAGAGUACAAUCAAUUAUUAGCGGAUGCCAGAUAUGUCAUAUGAAAGACGCAUAGAGGAGUCGGACAAUAAGUCACAAUGUGUUUGGGGUAUUGUAAAGG